AGGCUUGUGUUCCGUGUAGAAGCAGCAAGGUACGAUGUGAUGGCAAAUUACCAAGCUGUCAAAGAUGUCUGAAUCGUAGGACGGCGUGUUACUAUGGCGAGCGGAAAGGAAGAGGACGCGGCAAAAGCAAGCAGCACAUUCAAACACUCGAGCAACGACUUAAAAGUGUCGAAGUUGCACUACAAGCCUUCCCUGCAGUCAAUCAAGGCUUAAGUGAUAGUCCUCUAGACCCUGGAAUGUCUCAAGAGACGAUUAAUAGCCAUGGGAUAACAAGAGCCAAUCUAACUCAAUCUCCGCCGUCGAGAUGGCCAGAAGAGGUCACAAGAAACAUAUUCUACGCUCAGAAAAACAACGUCAACCUCGAACGAAAAGUAUUCGUCCCGCUCCCCCCAAAAGAGCACAUCUUACACUUUAUAUCCAACGCCCUAGAAGACAUGUACGAAGCACAGGCACUCUUCAGGCCUGACGAUGUUCUGAAGCUUGUCAAUGACCAGUACUCAGCCGGGUCAUCAAAUUGUCACACCAACCCUACUCGCUGGGUAAUGCUCAACGCCCUCAUUGCCACGGGCAUUCAUUGGAAGGCCGACAACAAAGCAAUAAUAGAAAUGUUCCCUGUUUCGUGGUCAUACUUUAAAAAUGCCUUUGCUAUCUUCCCAGAGAUCGUCAUGAACGGUGGCGGCAUCGACGACUGCCAAGCGAUGCUUGCUAUGGCUUUGUUUAUGAGGGGAACCGCCGACACCCAGGCAUUCACUGCACUAUUAUCGGCGGCGGCGCAUGCCAGCCAUUGUAUUGGUUUGGGUUUGGAAGAUCUUUAUGGAUCGAGUGACCUCAUCGACAUGGAAAGGCGGAAACGGUGUUUUUGGACGCUAUACAUGCUCCGAUGCAAUGCGUCGUUGAACCUUAACCUUCCCGCCCCAUCUGAUGAAGUGAGCGUCGAGAUUCCAUCACAGGAUCUCAUAACAGGUGAUAGUUCCAGCACACAUCUCCCAAGGUAUAUGUCAACGCUGGCACUGAUUCAGUCAAGAAUAUGUCAAUGCUGUUGCCCUGGUUCAUCACUCGCGAAAAGCAGUGAUAAAAUGAUCCAGGCGCUUGCUGAACUAGACACGGAUCUUGAAUCAUGGAGGACAGGGCUGCCUACAGAAGUUCGGCCUACAGGAUCGACCCAAGUGGACAAUCUCGGCAUCAUACACCUUCAAUUUGUCUACUAUGCUUCUAGUUGGAAAAUCUAUACGGCUAUCGGGAAGCUUUACAAUGUCCCUCUCACGUCGAUCGAACGAGAACAUCCAAACCUGCAUCUGAGUACGCUUAGCCCCACACAAAGCGCCCGAGCUACCAUUUAUUUGCUUCAAGGGUUAUCCUCACAGCCAUUUGCCUCUCUAUGGCAAAUGAUCUGCUACCCGAUGUGCGCUGUUCUAAUCCUCUUGACAACAGUGCUCCAUGAUCAUGAAGACUCAAAGGUGUCUCUGAACGUCGAAUGGAUUGGACAAUUCGUUGCUUUUCUGAAGACUUUCCAACGCCGAGAAGAAUGCGAUCUGAGUGGUCUCAUAGGAUUUUGUUCGAAGCUGUACGAUAUCGCAUCGUUUGCACAACACAAUCCAACAGAUCUGGUAAGCGACAGGGAAGAUGACGUAGAAGGACUACGGGGUCAGUACACAGAUCUCAAGACCCCAUGCUACUCGCGCAAGGUCUGCUUACCAAUAUGCCGCUUCUAG